AGCCAAUCAGAAGGCGAAUGGGAGCGGAAGCGGUUGGCGGGAGGACGCUGUGUUUGAAAUCAGAAAUUUGGCGCGGCUGCGGGAGCUGAAGACUGGGUUUCGGCUGGAGGUGGCGCAGAUUUUAGUGCGUGGAAGGCGGCGGGGCUAAGGCCUGCCCGCCAAGCAUUGCCUUGCAAAAUGGUGGAGGACGAGCUGGCACUGUUCGAUAAAAGCAUAAAUGAAUUUGGGAGCAAGUUCAGAAGCACUCUGAGUGACGCUCCUUGUCAGAUGGUGGGGCUAAGAGACGCCUACAAGGACUCGGUCAAGUCACUUACAGAAAAACUGUCUGUGAAACUGAAGGAAGAAGAACGAAUGAUUGAGAUGUAUCUGGAAUAUAAAAAUCGUCUCGGCAUUGUGCUGCAGUUGCCGGUUCAGUACAGUAACAUACUGUUUAAGUUUCUAUACUGUACUACGAGUCACAGACAGAUGAGUGAUAAGAGAAAAGAUACUUGUAAACUGAUUGCUGAAGUAAAAGACAAAAAGCAGAAAUUGGAAGACCUUAGAAGAAACAUCCAGGAUCUUAAGGAAGAGUAUUCUAGGAAGAAGGAAACUAUCUCCACUGCCAACAAAGCUAAUGAAGAGAGGUUGAAAAGGCUGCAGAAAUCUGCGGACUUGUAUAAAGAUCGCCUUGGACUGGAAAUUCGAAAAAUAUAUGGUGACAAAUUGCAGUUUAUUUUCACUAAUAUUGACCCUAAGCAUCCUGAGAGCCCAUUUUUGUUUUCUUUGAGUCUAAAUGAAGCAAGGGACUAUGAAGUGUCAGAUAGUGCUCCUCAUCUCGAGUGCCUUGUGGAAUUUCAGGAGAAUGUGAGGAAGACCAACAAUUUUUCGGCUUUUCUUGCCAAUGUUCGGAAAGCUUUUACUGCGAUGGUUUAUACUUAAUAUGUAAAUAGUAUAUUAAAACAAGUUUGUUUUUUCUGUCAUGUAUAUCUUUUUAAAAAUAAUUCUCAUCUAUUGUCUGUACAUAUUUUGAGAUUUUUGUAAUAUUUUUGUGUGGUAUAGAGGAAAGCAAAAUAUAUCACUCUAGAAUAUGCCACUUUGGCAUAAAUAUCUUUGAAACGAUGAUAAGAGGAAGCUCAGAAAAGCUUUCUGUCUUCCCCUGGUUUGCCUAAAAGCAGGACAUAAAUUUAUAAAGGUGUCUCCCUCUCCCCACACCUCUCUUUCAAUGGAAAUAAUUCUCACCAGCUCAGAUAUGGCCCCCAAUGGACACUGCAGGCAAACGUUACUCCCUUAGUUUACUUCCUUUUUUUUUUUUUUUUUUUAAGAUUUAUUUAUUUUUAAGUCAGAGUUACACAGAGUGAGAGGGAAAGACAGAGAGGUCUUCCAUCCACUGGUUCACUCCCCAAAUGGCCGCAACAGCUGGAGCUGCGCCGAUCCGAAGCCAGGAGCCAGGAGCUUCUUCUGGGUCUCCCAUGUGGGUGCAGGGGCCCAAAGACUAGGGCCAUCUUCUACUGCUUUCCCAGGCCAUAGCAGUUAAUUUACUUAUAUAUGUCCCUUCUUCACCUUUCCUCCUUCUGGAAGCCUAAGACUGCCUUCUUUUGUGUUGUCAUUUCCCCAACAACAUAUUGUUCUGCAUUGAAGAUACACUAUAAGCCAUAGUCCCAAGCCCCUGCUUUGAAUUACCUUUCAUUGAAGUUUCUUAUAUGGUGUGCAGUACACAUGCUGACAAACUGGCUACUUCUGCUCUUGUUAAUCUUUUCAUUACAGGAGUCUGUUACAACUAUGAACUUGUCAGGGUUGAGAGGAAAUUAUUUAUCCCCCGAUAGUUUUUUGCAGUUCAGGCAGGAAUUUCUGGGACAUUCCAGGCACUCCUGAUCCAGAGAAAUGGGAUUCUGGGAGAACUGGCAGAAGCCAGAAGAGAAAGAAUUCUUACCAAAGUCAUCUUUCCCAGAUUUCCCUGUGUAGUGUAGUAUAAUCCCUGGGAAUGAGAAGGUUAGGACUUUGCUUUGUUCUUUUCCUUUCCAUUGAGACUGGCAGAAGAAAAACAAUUGUAGAAAAUUGAACUUCUGACUCUUGUGGAUUUGGUUUGGGUACAUGUUGAUUAUUGAUUUUUAGUCUUUUAGAGGUGGUCUUUUUUUUUCCUAUGUCUUUUGUGUCAUUUGUCAACCCAUUUGUCUUGUCAUCCUAAAUAUAGGAUACCUAUAAAAACUUAAAUUGAGCAAUAAAUAUACCACUUAGGAUAGUUUUGAAAUAAAUUUUUUUUAGAGUUCUGUUCUUUUGGGAAAAGUAACUGAUGUUGAUUAGAACAUUUGGAAAUAUUUUUUAAUUCAUUAUGGUAAUGGCAUGAACUUUACUACAAGUUAAUUUUGCUAAAUUUCAACUGAACAAAAGAAAUGUGUACAUAACUGAUAUGUAGUAUGAGAUGCAUUCGUGGAAGUAUCAAGGAGAUAAUGUGUCUCACGUUAUCCGUGUUUGAAAAUAGCCGUCCUGCAAACAGCGUGGCAGUGUGUACUGCAGAGUUAUGUGUAGUGUAGUACACGGCAGUCUGACGGACUCCGCUGUCUCCACUUGAGGGUAUUGGUUGAAAAGUGGUAGAAAAUCCAUGAUCAAACUGUUUUUUUUACAAUAGUGUGCUCACUGGUUAUGACUUGUGGUAUUUCUUCAAAAUACUGGAUUCCAAGGCACACCAUGAGGGAAAACACACUAAACAAGUGUACUCUGAAACAGACAACAUUGAUGAAAAAACAAUCAAAUAUUCCACACUAUUAGAAGUAGAAAAUGGAAUUGGCUUUUGCUCACUCAGAUAAUUGAUGCGUGUAUUAUAAGUAUGUGGAUUAUUGACAAACUUGAACGAAGAUCUCAUAAACUUGUUGGAUUUCAAGAACUGUCUGCUCAGCAUACCUAAAAUGAUGCAAUGAGAAAGAAAACUCAAUAUUCCCAGAACUACUGUUAUCCAAGAUGAUAUCAGAUGUUACAUGAGAAACCAUAUUAUUCUCAAGUAGCAAGAACGAUGAUAUCAAAGCAAGUCAUGUUGAGGCCAAUGCUGUGGCAUAGUGGGUAAAACCACUUGCCUACGGCACUGACAUCCCAUAUCAGUACCAGUUUGCAUUCUGGCUGCUCCACUUCUCAUCUGGCUUCUUGCUGAUGCACCUGGAAAAGCAGUGGAAGAUGGCCCAAACACUUGGCCUGUGCACCUAUGUAGGAGACUUGGAAGAAGGUCCUGGCUCCUGGCUUCGGAUCAGCACAGCUCCGGCCGUUGCAGCCAUUUGGCGAGUGAAGCAGCAGAUAGAAGAUCUCAACCUCGAUCUCAGAUCUCUCUCUCUCACUCUCUCACUCUCACUCUCACUCUCACUCUCACCCACCCUGCCUUUCAAAUAAGAGAAAAAACAUCACAGGAAACCAACAACAUAUUGUCCAAAUUGUAAAAUACCUUGUGUUUUGUUCCUUUCCACCAAAAAUAAUUGUUGAACAGGUCAUGAAUGUCACUUCUUUGUAUAUUGUGGCUUAUAGAUGUAAAAACUACUAUAUUGUCCCAGUUUCUAUUUACAGGGCAGUGUUCAUUUUUAAUAAUAAAGGAUAUGUAAGCUCUA